UAAAGGGGCAUCGUCGGCUUUUAUGUGUGGAUUAUUAUUCUGAAAUAAAACUUCAAUAAAAUCGAAGUUAUUGCUGUUUGUGAUGAGAAAAAAGUGUCAGUAACAAUGUCAGGAGAAAUUGGAUUGGAAAAAUUUGUGCAUGACAUUCGAACACUUUCGGCAGAUGGAAAUUUUCAAGAGAUAGCGAGCCGAAUUAACAACUUUGUACAUUCUCUCCUUGGAAAUGGACGACAUUUAGAUAUUGUUUUAGAAACUUUUGGCGUGAAUCAACAUUCAUUAGGAAUUUUAAUUGUCAUUAUUACAAAAUUAACUAUCAUAAGCACAACUGAAUCGCCAAGCAUAGAUGCAUUUAAAAUUGUCUUAACUCAAAUUCAAGAAUUCAUUGAUGGCUGUAAUGAAGAACAAAUUCGAUAUGCAAUAUCUUCAUAUGCAAAGCUUUUUCACAUACUGAAGAAUCUCCUUCUAGAUUUUCAAAUACCAAUGUGUGGAAUUGAUAUUUUUUGUCGAGCAAUACGUAAAAUUCAAACAAGUAAUAGCCAAUUGACACCAAUUCAUGCGGAACUUUGUCAACUAUGCCUUGUAUCAAAAUGCUUUAAACCAGCUCUUGAAUUUUUGGAUGUCGAUAUUACUGCUAUUAGUUCAGCAUCUGAUGAAUAUACAAAAUAUUUUUUACUCUAUUUCUAUUAUGGUGGUAUGAUAUAUACGGCAUUAAAAGAUUACGAGAGAGCUUUAUAUUUUUUUGAAGUUUGCGUAACAACGCCAGCAAUGGCCGUGAGUCAUAUAAUGCUCGAGGCAUACAAAAAAUAUACACUUGUCUCAUUAAUAUUAAAUGGAAAAGUUGUAUUUUUGCCAAAAUUCACAAAUUCAGCAGCGCGACUCAUGAAACGUUUGAGUCAAGCCUAUCAGGAAUUAGCCACUGCCUAUGCAACUAAUAAUUGCGAUGAAAUUCAAGCAAUUAUCACAAAAUAUGAAGAUCUUUUUACAAGAGAUCACAAUCUUGGAUUAGUGAAACAAGUACUUGGUUCAUUAUACAAGAAAAAUAUUCAAAGGCUCACAAAUACAUUUCUUACGCUUAGUUUAAGUGAUGUUGCCAGUAGAGUUAAAUUGGCUGGACCUGCAGAUGCUGAACAACAUAUUUUAAAUAUGAUUGAAGACGGAGACAUUUUUGCAACAAUCAACCAAAAAGAUGGAAUGGUUAUAUUUCAUGAUGAUCCUGAAAAGUAUAAUUCACCUAGAAUGUUAGCGAAAUUAGAAAAGGAAAUGGCAACGUGUGUAGAAUUAGGUAAAAAAGUUCUUGCCAUGGAAGAAGAAGUGAUAGUAACACCUCAAUAUGUUCGAAAAGCAUGCGGACAAAAUGAUCAGGAUGAUCAGGCUGCUUGUGCUCCACCGAUAAAUGUUACAAAAGCACCAAGUCAACAUAAACAUAAUACUUAUUCUAUGUAAAUACAUAGAUUUCAUUACUUUUUAAAAAGUCAAAGAAAAUCGUCGUGUCAAAAAAAUAUGCUUUAACAACAAAGCCUAAUUUUCAAUGACUUUUUAUAUAUUAAAAACCGUAAUUUCAAAUUCAUCAUAUUUUAUUAAUCAUAAAUUUUUCAGAAAAUUUUUUUUUAAAACAUUGAUUGAAUUUGUUGCAUUGCAAUCUAUUUUUUUAAUUUUUGUUUUUAUUUUGUUCAUCAAAUUACGUUUACAACUUGCAUUCAACCUAUAAAUAUAUAUGGUUUGUAAAUAUUUUUCAAUUCAUUUCAUUAUAUAAAAUUUAAUGUUUAAUAUAGAGAGAAUAUUCUCAAGUUCUAAAAAAAUUAACAGUACUGAACCAAGCCUUUAAUAUUAUAGAAUUGUGAAACUUAGUUUUAAGGAUGUUUUACAGAGACGACACAAUUCGUAAUUUCUUACAAUUUCCAAAAUUAUGAAAAAAAUGGCUCAAUUUAUCAACUUUUAGUAAAGAAAAAAAAAAAAAAAAAUGAAAGCAAACAAAAAGAAAAAUAAAUCGUCGCAAAUAAAAUGCUUUUUAUUCGAAGAAAAUCUACACUAAUUAAUUAAUUUAUCUACUAUAAAUUAAUACGAUUUUUGUAAUAUUACUUAAAUAAAAUUUGUGAAAGCAUAA